AUGGCCUCCAACAGCGCCCUCUCUCAGACUAUUCAAUCGCUGACUCUCAGCAAGAUCCGCGAGUUGGAGAAACUGCGUAACACUUAUCAGUCGCGUAAAUUUGAAAUCCUCAAAUCGUCUGCAGCGUGUGACGAUCAAUUCGAUAGAUUGAAGCAUUUACUCGCUGGCGCCAAGGAGCUCUAUCCCGGCGCAUCUCGGGAUGUUACGAUCGGUCAUAUCGAACGAUGGCUCGAUCAAGCCAGAUACGACUCAUCAAUCCCCUCGAAGAUGAUAGAGGGGUUUGAAGAGACCUUGAUUGCAAAAUUGGACGCCCACAGUCGAAAAUUGGGUCUUGCCGAUCUCUAUGCGCGCUUGCUGACCGAGUGGAUGAAUCCUUCUUCAGACGAUACGAGCAACCCAAAAGCCAGGGAUGAUCCUGACGAUGAGGAUUUUCUCGUUGUGGAAGAACGACAAAAACAACGUCUUCAGCAACUAUGCGACCAGUUCGAAGCGGUCGUCUUCAAGCCACUUGAGACCAACGAACAGGAGAUCCACACCUUCCUAGAAGACCUCUUCCUCGGGGAUGAGCAGGAGGUUGCGCUGAAAAAACUACGGCAUCUUGUUAAGGACCAAUGCGAAACAAUGUGGACAGCUGAGGAGCCCUUCAACCACACUUCUUUGUCCAAUUGCAUUCAUGGCCUGCUGACUGCUGACUUGCUGCCUGACGCUAAGCGAGCCGUGCUCAAAGACUUCCUGAGCAACAAAGUCGCUAUGACUGAGAUCGCAGAUGUCCUGAACAUGCGAUUCGCAGACUUGAAGAACUGGGACUGGCACGCAGGCGAAAAGGGCAUUCCAGUCUUACCGCGUCAGCAAACGAACGGCAAAUAUCGCGUCUGGGUCGACGAGGAUGUGCUGCAGACCAUCUUCGCCGAGUUCAUCGCGAUCAAGUUCUGCAGCGCACUCAAGCAGUUGCUUAAAGGUGUUGUUACACAUAAGGGAGUCUGGAAAUUCUCUCCAAGUCCGCAGAUGACCGAACGGGACUUCCUACGCCGACGUUACUACCUCAAUUCCCCUCUCAGAGUCCAUAGCGUGGACAAGCAACGUGAAGCGGAAUAUCAGGAGACGUACUUCCUCUCAUACUUGCCCAGCUCGGACACAUCACUCUUUGAGAACGGUCCUACAUAUGACGAAGGAAGCAACGAUGAAGACGCUGGCGCAACCCCGGCACACAAGGCCGCGCCCGAGAAAAACAUCAAGCAGCGGAUACUGCGCAAGGUUGCGACGGAGACUCUCCUCCACCAGCAUCUGUACGGUGAGGCAGCUGUCAUUCAGUCCGAUAUGAAAUGGUACGGGACCGGUCUUCCGCACAGCACCCUCUUUGCCAUUUUGAGAUUUGUCGGAUUUUCCGAAGAGUGGAUCAAUUUCUUCACUAAAUACCUUCAGUCGCCCUUGAACAUGGAUCGGGCCUGUGAUGGUCGGACCCCUACCGGCCCUCGACUGCGCCAACGCGGCGUGCCUCUGGCUGGCGGAAUGGCGAAGCUCAUGGGAGAGCUUGUCCUCUUCUUCAUGGAUAUGACCGUGAACCGCGAAUGUGGCAUGUUGCUGUACCGACUGCACGACGACCUGUGGCUCUGCGGAAUUCCAGCCAAAUGCGCCCAGGCAUGGGAAGCCAUGCAAAGAUACGCCCGAGUCACCGGGCUGGAGUUCAAUUUGGCUAAAACCGGCUCCGUCUACCUCGCCGAGUCCAGAGACGCCAGCAUCGCUGCUCGACUACCCAAAGGGCCCGUCACGAUUGGAUUGCUCGUGCUCGAUCCCGACUCUGGUAACUGGGUGAUCGAUCAGACACAAGUGGAUGCGCAUGUUCAGCAAUUGAAGAAACAGCUUGACUGCUGUGAUAGCGUCAUCUCCUGGAUCCGCACCUGGAACAGCUGCAUCGGCCGCUUCUUCACCAGCAAUUUCGGCCAGCCGGGCUUCUGCUUCGGACGUGACCACGUCGAUCUCAUCCUUGCGACAUACGAAAAGGUGCAGAACACGCUCUUUAACACCGAUGGCCGCGCAUCAACGGUCAUGGAGCACCUUCGGCACAUGAUCGAGGCACUUUUCGGCGUCUCCGACAUCCCGGACGCAUUCUUCUUCUUCCCGGAGCAAUUGGGCGGACUCGGUCUGCGGAAUCCAUUCGUCUCAACGCUCUUGGUCCGCGAUGAGCUCCGCUCUACCCCGAUCCAGCUUAUAAAUGACUACAAGGAAAACGAGAGAAAGGCAUACCUCGACGUCAAGAAGGAGUUUGAAGAGCUGCCCGAACGCGAGCGCUUGCGCCGGUACAAGCUGAUGCAGCCAGAUGCGGAGGCUCGAGCAACCGCGGACAUAGAUAGAAGCUUGAGUACCUUCAUGUCGUUUGACGAAUACGUUCGCUUCAGGGAAUUCACCGACACCCACCUGGCAGCUCUGUACAAGAAGUUGAUGGAUGUUCCGGAGGAGAUUGAUAUCGAGCUUACGGAAGAGGUCUCGACUGCGCUGAGGAAGGUGCAGUCUCAGAUCGAUUAUCCGGUAGAGGAUAAUGAACUUAAAUGGCUGCUGCAGCUAUAUGCCGAAGAGCCGCUGAGACGGCUUGGGGGGUUGAGUCUGGUGGACAAGCGGUUCUUGCCUGUGGGGGUGUUGGCGAUGGUCAAGGGGAAAAGGGUCACCUGGCAGAUGGCACUGUAA